GGAGCUAUUAGUACCUUAAUUACUACAAGCUCGGCAGGGUAUCAGAAAGAAAAAUCAAGAUGUACAACAACACUAGGGAACGCGGCAUCCGCCACAACAACAACCCCAACGCUACCACGGCCGGCGCCCCCGGUGGCAUGACCUACGGCCAGUCCGCCGCAUCCGGACCAGCCCCGACAACGGCCGGCCACCACAAGCACGACAUGCUCAACAAAUUGGACCCGCGCGUCGACAGCACCCACGACAGACAGCCCAUGACCCAGGCGAGCUCCAACAUUCCCGAGGGCACCUACGGACCACACUCCUCCCGCCUCGCCAACGCUCUCGACCCCCGCGUCGAUUCGGACCUGGACAGCACGCGCGCCGGGCGGUCCCAGCUCGCGGGCGCCGAGGGCAGUCUCAGCGGAGGCACGACGGGCACGACGGGCACGAUGGGAGCAGCGGGAACGGCCGGGGGGUACGGCGUGGCGCCCGAGGGCACGUACGGCACGCACUCGUCGCGGCUCGCCAACGCGCUGGACCCGCGCGUCGACUCGGACCGCGACCGCGACCGCGACCGCGGCUUAGGCGGGCCAGGGACCGCCGGCCCCCCGGCCGCCGCUCCUGUUCCUGCGGGCGCCGGCGCGACAGCGACGCGUACUGCCGGGCCGCACAAGUCGGAUCUCAUGAACAAGCUUGACCCACGGGUGGACAGUACCACCGGUGCCUGGAAGGGUGGCACGGGGAGCCGGGGAGCCUAUUAAGACAUUUUCAGCUUUUGUUAACAGAGUUUUGGAGCAAAUGCGGAACCUUUAGGAGGGAAUAGGAUACCAUAUCGUUGUUUGAUUUGAGUUGCAAACGUAUCAUCGUUCAAGGGCGAGAUUGUUAACCGGUUGGGCUUCCUCAUGCGAUCUUGGGAACUUCAAAGAGAUUGACAAGGUACUUGUGCAGAAUGAAUCUGAGUCAAUGACACACCAUUGGGUCGCAAAGUGAUGACGACUCGGAAACAUAU